UAUGCCCCACCUACGAUAGUAGAGGGGCAUUAUGUUUUUCGGUCUGUGCGUCCGUUCGUCCGUCCGUCCGUCCGUUCGUCCGUCUGUCCCGCUUCAGGUUAAAGUUUUUGGUCAAGGUAGUUUUUGAUGAAGUUGAAGUCCAAUCAACUUGAAACUUAGUACACAUCUUCCCUAUGAUAUGAUCUUUCUAAUUUUAAUGCCAAAUUAGAGUUUUGACCCCAAUUUCACGGUCCAUUGAACAUAGAAAAUGAUAGUGCGAGGGGGCAUCCGUGUACUAUGAACACAUUCUUGUUUCUUUUUCUUUUAAUCUUUGUUGAGUAGUUCCUAUAAAAAUGUUUGGUCUUUGUUUCUUUUACUGUGUAUUCCCAUUACCGAAUCGUACAAAGAUCCACUUGUCAUUAUUGUCAAAGAGGUAAUUAUUCAUAAUUGAAAGUCAAUGGGUACUAGCAAGAUUAAAUGAAAACAAAUGUUAAUAAUUACGAACAAUUAUCUGGAAAUAAAUUGAUAGGACAUUUGAGCAUUAAUUAAUGGACAUUUGAUCUCUAAGAAAAGAGAAUAAAAAGAUAUUUUUUUCUGCAGGAUAUUUGAAAUUGAAGAAAGGGGAAAUUUGGGCUUUUUCUACAGGACAUUCGCACUUUUUCUAAAGGACAUUUGGCUUUUUACUACGGAAUAUUUGUGCUUUUUUACAGGAUAUUUGAUAUUUCAUGUUUUGUUAUUCUCCCCAUCCUUUAGCCGUGUGAUAUGAUAAAGACACGAGGAAUUUAGUGUCCGUUAAUUCAUGCAUUGGAUAAAACUGCUAAAAGAAUUUAUGGGAGCAUUUGAAUGUUUAAUCAAUGAAAAUUUCUUCAAUAUAAAUGUUUUAAAAAAGCACUGUAAAUUUUUCGUGCAUUAAAUAGUAAUUUCAUAAGCCUUAGGGCGAAGAAAAUCCCCGAAUCAGCUCAUCAACGUUUGUACUAGGUUUUGGACUUUCAAAUAUUUUGGCCUCGUGCAUCACUGAUGCGACAUCAAUUGUCGAAAUGCGCAUCUUGUGCCAAACAUUGGUACCGUUUCUGUUAUAACUUGUCUAUAUGUUUUAAUCCAGCGCAAAUAAUAAUUGAUGGUCUCCGUUUAAGGCUCUCUGCGUAAUGGUGACAACUUUAAAGAUUACAGAUAACUAGUACAAAACGAAGCAGGUAGCAUGAAACGAAUGCGGAAAAUACCGUUCAGAAAAUGUGGACGUAAUAAAAUAUUUAGGAUAGUUAUAUUAUUGAUGUGUGGAUGUUGUUCCUUCCAAAUAGCCUACUUGCAAUAUUACUAUGCUUACAUGGAUGUGUAUAUGAACUUAGAUUUCCUAAUACCUAAUUUAGAGCGAAUAACUGAUAACAUUCAAGAAACAGGAAGUACAAAAGUCAAGCCAUUAAAUGUUUUUAUGAAGGAGGACGCUUACAGAAUAGAUCCUUCAGAAACAAUCUGUGAUAAUUUAAAUUGCGAUAACCUGAAGUUGUUGUUUAUUGUGAAAUCAUAUGUGCUAAAUUUUGGUCAACGUGAUGCUAUACGCAAGACUUGGGGAGGUAUUGAAGGACUGCGAACAAAAGUUGUUUUUAUUAUAGGCUAUAUAGACAGUGCAAAUCCUUUCAUUGAAAUAGAAUCAAAACAGUAUAAAGAUAUUGUUCAGCUAAAUAUUGUAGAUACGUACGAAAAUCUAGUUUACAAGACGAUUUAUUCACUUUUGUGGUUAUCGGACGUAAAUAUUCCAACUGCAUUUGUGCAUUUCGUAGAUGAUGACAGAUUAGUCAAUACGUACAAUGUGUAUAACGUCGCAACUAACAGCAUUACCUCACGGGAUUUAGUAAUAAUUGGUUACAAGUUGGAUUUUUCAAAACCACAGAGAGCUAUCAAUUCAAAAGUAUACCUUUCACCAAAUGAGUAUCCGUUUCCAUAUUUUCCAUCAUAUAUAAUAGGAGGAACGAUCUUGACAAAUAUGAAAACCGUAAAAAUGUUGGCAUUAGGAGUCACUUAUGCAAAGAUUAUUCAAGUUGAGGAUAGUUAUAUUGGAAUUGUAGCAACAGCUUUUAACAUAGAAAUGAAACAUCAUCCUGGAUUUUUACCCUAUAAAAAACGUACCACCCAUCAUUUACCUGAAAUAUUAUCUUCUCCUGGUUACGAACUUACAUAUGCCUUACUUAGAGAUUGGAAGGCUAUUGAAAGAAGUCACACAAAAUUAUUACCAGCACCAUUAUUGCGUUUGCGUCAAUAAACUCAUCAAAGAUACCAGGCUUUUUUUCAUUAUAAAAUGAUGUACGCCAGACGCUUGUUUCGUCUACAAAAGACUCGUCGGUGACGCCCGAAUCAAACAAGUUAAAAAGGACAAUUAAAGUACUGACCGUCUUAAGGAAGCUCAAGUUGCACCUAUUCACAAAAAGAAUAGUGUAUUAGAAAAAGGAAAUUAUAGACCGGUAAGUGUAUUACCGGCCAUUUCUAAAAUUUUUGAAUAUGCCAUAGAAGUACAAUUAGUACAGUACUUUGAUAAUAUCUUCAAUCCAUUUUUGGCAGCUUUUAGAUCAGGUUUUGGAUGUCAGUCAACUUUUUUAAGAGUGAUUGAAGAUUGGAAAUUAGCCUUAGACCAAAAUAAAUACCUUGCAGCUAUCCUUAUGGACCUGUCAAAAGCAUUUGACUGUCUCCCCCAUGACUUACUGCUACUGAAACUAAAAGCUUAUGGUCUUUCCAAAUCCUCACUUGAUAUGUUAUAUAGUUAUUUAACAAAAAGAAAUCAGUGUGUGAAAGUAAACCAAAAUUUAAGUGGUAUGCUUGACAUAUUUAAAGGGGUACCACAAGGUUCCAUCCUUGGACCCAUCCUAUUUAAUAUUUUUUAUAAAUGAUUUGUUCUUUUUUGUAAAAAAUUGUUCUUUAUAUAAUUAUGCUGAUGACAAUACUUUGUCAAAGUCUGGAAAUUCCUUACAAGAUGUAAUUUCUGCUCUUGAGGAAGACAGCAAUUAUUUAAUACAGUGGUUUUCUUCAAAUAAAAUGCAGGCCAACCCAGAGAAAUUUCAAGCUAUCUCUCUUGGCAAAAAAAAACACAUGAUAAAAAGAUUGUGUUUGAUUUGAAUGGUAUUUCUAUAUCCUGUGAGGAUGAGGUAAAACUACUAGGAGUUACAAUUGAUUUUAAAUUAAACUUCAGUUUACAUAUUUCAAAUAUUUGUAAAAAGGCUGCAAGGCAAUUAAAUGUUUUGAAAAGAAUUGGGAAACACCUAAACAAACUGAGUAAACUUACAAUUUAUUACUCUUUUAUUAUGUCAAACUUUAGUUAUUGCCCUUUGACUUGGCAUUUCUGUGGGGAACAAAAUACCAGAAAAAUAGAAAAAAUACAAGAACGAGCGCUCCGCUUUAUUUAUGAAGACUAUCAGAAUUCAUACGACACGCUUCUGCAAAUUUCAAACCUUCCAUCACUAAAAACUCGUAGGAUGCGCUCAGUUGCCUUGGAAACCUUUAAAAUAAUUAAUAAAAAAUGUCCAUUAUUUAUUCAAGAUCUAGUUGUUAUAAAAAUCAAUUCAUAUAAUUUCAGGUAUGUGAACACUGCUGAGGUACCUAGACCUAGAACCUCAAGUUAUGGUAAAAGAUCCUUUAGAUUUGAGGCAGCACAAGUAUGGAACUCCCUUCCCAAUGAGGCUAGAAUUAUGACCUCUUUUGACCAAUUUAGGAAUUAUAUAAAUUCUUGGUGUGGGGGUCAAAAAUGCAACUGCAGUUCAUGCCGUUUCCAUCCAGUGCUGUCUCAAAGCUGAAAUUUCUUUUUUUUCUUUUUGUUUUUUAUUAUGGCCUUUUGCUCUGCUUUUUUAUGCAUUUAUUAUAUAUACCUGCUAUUAAAUGCCAGUGCUUAAUAA